AUGGCCCUCGAGAGUGAAUCUUUCGGAGGCCAGGGUCAUCCGGGCAGACACGCUCUCGUGGAGAUGCAGAUGGGCAUCGCAAUCUGGUGGCUGCUGCUCGUGUUCAUGCGCUGCGGCGGCCUCGUGGCGGCAUCGAAGAGCGGCCGAGUGGCCCGAAGUGGCGGCUUCCCCAAGUUCCCGCUAGAUGCCACGCGGCGCCCCUUUGUCCUGCUCCCGGACACGCACCCGCGUGGACCCUGGACGCCCGAGAAGCCCUUCGAGUGCGGCACGCGCUUCGUGCGCUUCCAGCCGCAACGCAAGGGGCGGAUCAUUGGCGGCACGGUGCCGCCGUACGGCGCGUAUCCCUGGCAAGUGGAGAUCCAGACCUUCCACUACGACCGCACCAACUUCGAGCACCACUGCGGCGGGGCGGUGAUCGGCGAGAGGCUGGUCCUCACGGCGGCGCACUGUCUGCAGGUGCCGCAGCUGGAGUACCUCCGGGUCGUGAUUGGGGAUCACAGCCUGAAGGAGAGGGACCUGCACGAGCACAGCUUCCGCGUUGAGCGCAUUCUCGUGCAUCCGCACUUCAGGAAGAGCGGCCCGUACAGCAACGACAUCGGGAUCAUCAAGGUGCGCGCGUCCAGCAUAUCGGGGAUCGGCUUCAACACGCACGUCCGGCCAAUCUGCGUGCCCGGCGCUGGAGAGACUCCGCCUCCGGGCUCCUGGUGCUCCGUCACCGGCUGGGGAGCCCACAAAGCCGAGGACGUGCGCAGCGUGGCCGCGACGCUGCGAGUGGCCGCGGUGCCGCUCAUGGAUCUGGACACGUGUCGCAAGAGCUCCAUCAACGGCGGCCGGCAGCAGCCCAUCCUGGAGUCGAUGCUGUGCGCCGGCUUCCUGCAGGGCGGCGUGGACUCGUGCUCGGGAGACAGCGGCGGCCCGCUGGCCUGCGAGCACAACGGCCGCUUCAUGCUGGCCGGCCUGGUCUCCUGGGGCGACGGCUGCGCCAAGAAGAACCGACCCGGCGUGUACACGCGCGUGGAGUCCUUCCAGCAGUGGAUCAGCGAGUCCAUGGAGGCUCUUGAGAGGGACGACUAG